GAGAUAUGGCCUGCCGUCCUGCUUCCACUUCCUCAUUGCAGGGGAGAUUACCUGCCUUACUUAAGGUGUGUAAGUGCAUGCGUGCAUGUGGGUGUGUGUAGGAGGGGCCAGGGAGACUACUACCCGAUACCUCCUGUCACCCCCUCCCCGCCCCCCGUGCACCUCUCUCCAACCACCCCAUACCUCCUCUUAACCCCCCUCCCCACACCUCUACACCAGCGGCAGGUGCUGAGUCUGGUGUCAGGUGCUGGCACCAGCGGCAAAAUAGCCUGUCUUUUUGGUGUUGAGUCGACUCAAAACCCCCAUCGACUCUCCCUUCUCUCCCCUUCCUCCCAAUCCUGGAGAUACAGCCUGCCGCCCUGCUUCCACUUCCUCAUUGCAGGGGGCCUACUGGCGCUUCUCAAGGUGCGCAUGAGAUACGGCCUGCCGCCCUGCUUCCACUUCCUCAUUGCAGGGGGCCUACCGGCCCUACUCAAGGUGGGCAUGUGA